AUGGUUGACCAAAACUUUUGGCUUUGGAUUAUUGUCACAGAAUUUCCAGUAGCUUAUACUUUUUUGGGUCUACAAGAUGCGAGCAACGAAGACGAACUCUUCGACGAAGGUUCUCCUCUCUGGCGAAAGUCCUCCUCCCCGACAACGUUCUCCUCUCCGACGACGGUUUUCGUGAUCCAAUUGGGAAAAGAUGGGUUUCUCUCCAGAAGUGGUAUAUGGGAAUCUCUAAUUCAAAGCAUCUGCGUUGCUGGGAAGAACCCAGAAAAAGCAUGCUCUCUCUUGCGGGAUUGCUUAAGAAAUCGCAGUAGUUGGCCUUCUUUUUCUACUUUUUCUUUGUUGAUUAACAGUUUUAGUUCUCUGGGUAAGAUGGAUAGAGCUAUUGAAGUCUUGGAGAUGAUGACAGACGAGAAAAUCGGACACCCGGUUAAUAAUUCCAUUUGUAGUUCAAUAAUUUCAGGGUUUUGUAGAAUUGGAAAUCCUGAGCUCGCAUUGAAGUUUUAUGAGAAUGUUGAGAAAAUUGAAUCUUUUCGGCCUAAUGUUGUAACAUAUACGGCUCUUGUGAGUGCACUUUGUAUAGAGUGUAGAGUUAAGGAGGUUUCUGACUUGGUUUGUAGAAUGGAGAAGGAAGGAAUUGUUUUAGAUGCUAUAUUUUACAGUAGUUGGAUUUGUGGGUAUUUUAUUGAUGGGAUAUUACAAGAGGCAUAUUAG